AGUACCACCACCCUCAGUCAUCUACAAACCUUCAAUCCCCACCACCACCACAUAUAUCACAACUUUCUCCAAACUCAGCACCAUCACCCAAAUUUCACCUCACUUCCCUCCACUGCACCACUUCUCUCUCUCUCUCUCUCUCUCUCUGUGUGAUUGUUUAGAGAUGGGUAACGCCGACUAUACAUACCCAUCGACGAAUGUGGAGCAUGCACACGAGGUUGCAAUCCCGCCUCCGCAACCUUUUUUCAAGUCACUGAAGGCCUCCAUGAAAGAGACCUUCUUCCCCGACGAUCCACUCCAGCAAUUCAAGAACCAGCCACCAGUUGCCAAGUUCAAAUUAGGCUUACAGUACUUCCUCCCCAUCCUCGAAUGGGGUCCCCGUUACACUUUCCAGUUUCUAAAAGCCGACCUCAUCUCCGGUAUCACCAUCGCCAGCCUCGCCAUCCCUCAGGGCAUUAGCUACGCCAAGCUCGCCAACUUGCCUCCGAUCCUCGGCCUCUAUUCGAGCUUUGUUCCACCAUUGGUGUAUGCAAUGAUGGGGAGUUCCAGAGAUUUGGCUGUGGGGACUGUCGCUGUUGCUUCGCUACUCACAGCUUCUAUGUUGGGGAAUGAAGUGAAUGCUAAUGAGAACCCAACACUUUAUCUUCAUCUUGCUUUCACCGCAACUUUCUUCGCCGGAGUUUUUCAAGCUUCUUUGGGUAUCUUAAGGCUAGGGUUUAUAGUGGAUUUUCUAUCACAUGCAACGAUAGUGGGAUUCAUGGCAGGAGCAGCAACAGUGGUGUGCCUGCAACAGCUGAAAGGGAUUCUGGGACUGGACCAUUUUACCCAUGGCACCGACCUUGUCUCUGUCAUGCGUUCUGUCUUCUCCCAAACCCAUAGGUGGAGAUGGGAAAGUGCUGUAUUGGGAUUUUGUUUCCUUUUCUAUCUCCUCCUCGCUAGAUUCUUUAGUAAAAGAAGACCAAAGUUGUUUUGGAUAUCAGCAAUGGCUCCUUUGACGUCUGUUAUCUUGGGAAGCGUUCUUGUUUAUCUCACUCACGCUGAAAAACACGGUGUUCAAGUGAUAGGCGAAUUGAAGAAGGGAUUGAAUCCUCUGUCAAUAAUGGACCUGUCAUUUGGAACUCCAUAUCUCUCUACAAUCAUCAAAACUGGUAUAAUCACGGGUGUCAUCGCUCUCGCCGAAGGGAUUGCGGUGGGAAGAAGCUUUGCGAUGUACAAGAAUUACCAGAUAGAUGGGAACAAAGAGAUGAUAGCUUUUGGGAUGAUGAAUAUUGCUGGUUCUUUCACUUCUUGUUACCUUACCACUGGGCCAUUUUCAAGAUCAGCAGUGAACUUCAACGCAGGAUGCAAAACAGCGGUUUCUAACAUUGUGAUGGCAUUGGCAGUGAUGAUCACAUUACUGUUUUUAACACCUUUGUUUCAUUACACUCCCCUUGUAGUUCUGUCUUCUAUCAUAAUCGCUGCCAUGCUUGGCCUUAUAGACUACGAAGCAGCAAUCCAUCUAUGGCAAGUUGACAAGUUCGAUUUCGUAGUCUGCAUGAGUGCUUACAUGGGUGUCGUUUUUGGCAGCGUUGAAAUUGGUUUGGUCAUAGCGGUUGCAUUAUCUUUGCUUAGAAUACUACUGUUUGUGGCAAGACCAAGGACCUUAGUUCUUGGAAACAUCCCAGAUUCUAUGAUCUACAGAAGUGUCGAUCAAUACCCUAAUGCAAAUAAUGUUCCAGGGAUUCUCAUACUUGAGAUUGAUGCUCCCAUGUACUUUGCCAAUUCAAGCUACUUAAGAGAAAGGAUUUCGAGGUGGAUAGAUGAGGAGGAAGACAAGCUUAAAUCCUCUGGAGAAAUCAGCUUACAAUAUGUCAUAUUUGACAUGGGUGCGGUUGGUAACAUCGAUACAAGUGGAAUUAGCAUGCUUGAAGAGGUCAAGAAGAGUACUGACAGAAGGGGGCUCACGAUGGUAUUGGCAAAUCCAGGAGGAGAGGUAAUGAAGAAGCUGAACAAGUCGAGGUUGAUAGAAUUGAUAGGCCAAGAGUGGAUCUAUCUAACAGUUGGGGAGGCUGUUGGAGCAUGCAAUUACAUGCUUCACACUUGCAAACCAAAACCAAAGCCUGUGACUACUUCUGAAUCAGAGACAUGGGGUGACAAUGUUUGAGCUACACAACAAAAAAAAAGAAAAAAAAAAGCAAUUUUCAUCUCGCUCUCAACGCUUAAUGUGCGGCCAAAUGCAUCAGAAUCAAUUCGGAUGCAACACAUAUAUGUGGUUCGUUGGAACAAAAGGGAAAUUGUCUCGGGCUUGUGCUAAAGUUGGAAGUAUUUUCCUUUUUUUAAUCUUCCAACAUUAUGUAAUUUGAAGAAUAUGUAGUAUUGGAUACAUGAAACUAUAUAGUCUUUCAGAUUUGUAAUAAAAAUGCAAGUAAAGUCCUUCUGUGCUU